AUGUACGGAGAGCGGAUUGUAAUACCGAAGAAGUUUCAACGUAAAAUACUGCAGCAACUUCAUAAAGGGCACCCAGGCGUUGAGCGCAUGCGCAUGAAUGUGCUUCUGUCGCAAAGACUGACCCAAAACAAAGCUGGAGUUAUGGCCCAUCCCCGAAAAACCGUGGCAGAGGAUCCACUGGAUCCACUAUCCAAAUGGCCGGAAGUUAUCCCUACAAAGUCAAUAACAUCGGCAGCAACGAUCGCUAUUCUACGCCAGAUUUUCAGUCGAUUUGGUAUGCCGGAAGUUCUAGUUUCCGGAAACGGAUCGCAACUUGUGAGUGACGUCUUCGAGCGGUUCUGCGAAUCGAAUGGUAUCAUGCACCUUAAAACAACCCCUUUCCACCCUCAAAGCACCAUCAAAAGAACCAUGAAAAAAAUUCAGGCCGGAGGGGAAACCUUAGACGAAGCAUUGAAUACGUUCUUACUGUGCUACAGAUCUACACCCUGUCGUAGUGCUCCUGGCGGCAAAUCCCCCGCAGAAUUAUUGCUAGGAAGACCACUGAGGACAUCGUUUGAAUUACUUCGUCCACCCAGUAAGUUCAACAAAAACAACAGCCUCAAGCAGAAUCAGCAGUUCAAUACGAAACACGGAGCCAAGGAGAAGUGCUUCGACGUCCAGGACCAGGUGUAUGCCCAAGUACACCGAGGCAACGAUUGGAACUGGGUACCUGGAGUGAUAGUGGAGCGAGUGGGUACGGUUAUAUAUAACGUGUGGAUCCCGCAACAGCAACAGUUAAUUCGCAGCCACAGCAAUCAACUGCGAAAACGCUACGGAAGUGAAGUACCAACAAUGUCUGAAACAGAUCCGUCCAUUUCGCUUGAUAUCCUGCUAGGUUCGUGGGGAUUGAAUCCGUCGAAUCCUAGUGCUGCUCCAGAGGAAAUGAUACCACCAGCCGAACCUGAAGAGCUUAACGAAAUCUAG